AUGUCUUCUCCCAAGCUCAAAGUCGCCAUUGCAGGCCUCGGCCGCAUGGGGUCACGUCAUGCUCUUCAUUUUCAUCAGUUAACACCCAGAGCUGAGUUGAUAGCUGUUUCCUCCCCAGACCCAAAAGAGAUUGCAUGGGCAGCUCGCAACUUGGAAGGUGUCAGGACCUAUCUCGAUUAUGAUGAAAUGUUGAAGGCAGAAAAGGAUCUCCAAGCCGUGGUCGUUUCAUCGGCCACUGUCGUUCAUGCUGAACAAGCCAUCAAGGCCAUCAAUCUGGGACUCCAUGUUCUCUGUGAGAAGCCUCUCAGUACCAGCCCAGAAGUGUCGCAAACUGUGGUUACGGCCUAUCGUCAAUCCAUCAAGAAGCAUCCUUCGCAGAAGGUGAUUUGUGGCUUCUCCCGACGCUUCGAUGCCUCAUACCGUGAUGCGUAUUCCAAAGUCAAAUCUGGCAUGAUUGGCCGACCUUCAGUGUUCCGCAGUCAAACCUGCGACAAGCUCGACCCUUCAGGUUUCUUUGUGCAGUAUGCACAAUUCUCUGGUGGCAUAUUUGUCGACUGCUCUAUUCACGACAUUGAUCUUGCACUAUGGUUCUUCGGAGAAGACUCCAUCGUCAAAUCCGUCACCGCUGUCGGCAUCACAGCGGUCAGUCCCGAGCUGCGACAAUACAACGACCGUGAUAAUGCAGUCGGUAUCGUCGAAUUCUACGGCGGCAAGAUUGCUCAGCUGUUCUGCUCCCGCAUGAUGGCUGCAGGCCAGGAAGACACGACUGAAGUCACUGGAACCGAAGGCAAGCUCUCCAUCAAUGCCCAGCCACAGUCGAAUCUGGUCAACAUCUACGAUUCGACAGGAAUCCGCCGUGAGAUUCCUCCUCACUAUUAUGGACGGUUCCGUGACGCUUUCAUCACCGAGGCAAAUGAGUUCACUGCUUGCUGUCUCGACAAUACCGAGGUGCCUUUCAGGCUUGAGGGUGCGGUCACGGCAGUCAAGGUUGGUGCUGCAUUGCAAGAAUCCUUGAUCACAGGCAAGAAGAUCGAGUUCGACGAGAUCGGACGAAGAAUCCAGGAGGAGCAAGCGCCCAAGGCUAAGUUGUGA